GAAAGUGGGAACUCUGAGGUGAUCCUGAUGAUCCUGGAUCUGGCCAACCUCAACUCCGUGCGAGCUUUCGCAGAGACCUUCUUAAAAUCGGAGCCCCGUCUGGACAUCCUCAUCAACAAUGCUGGGGUCUUUAAGGCUGGUCAAACUGCUGAUGGCUUUGAUGAGGCCUUCCAGGUCAACCACCUGGCCCACUUCCUCCUGACCCACCUGCUCCUGGACCGGCUGAAGCGCUGUGCCCCGAGCCGGGUCAUAAUCUUGGCCUCGAUUAUGCAUUGCAUUGGGAAGAUCGACUUUCGGACCAUCCACAAGCCGGGAGAGGGGUUGUGGCAGGUCAUAAAUUCGUACAACAACAGCAAACUAGCCAACAUUCUCCACACACGAGAGUUGGCCAACCGGCUGGAAGGAACCAACGUCACCUGCUACACGGUUGAUCCAGGAUCUGUUAGAACCGAACUUGGUCGCUCCUUUCCAUGGUGGGUAUUUCGGGUGUUUGGAUUCAUGAAGGUGUUCAGACGAGAUUGCAACUCUGGCGCCCAGACCUCCAUCUACUGUGCCACCGAGGAGGGCAUCGAGAGGCUGAGCGGGCGGUAUUUCGUGGACUGCCGGUCAAAAGUGCCCUGGCCACAGGCCCGUGAUGACCACAUGGCCAAGAAGCUGUGGGAAUUCAGCGAGAGUCUGCUGGGACUGACCACUUAAGUCGGGAAGGGACAGAGAC